AUGGAGGGUUUGCCUGGGGAUGAUGCGUCCAAGCCUGGGAGUGAUGGCAACCCGGAGACCUCCGGCUUUGAGGAAAAAGCAGGCCCGGAGCCGCCUCAGGAGGGGCCUAGGUCUGAGGCAGAGACUUCUCAGGACACUGAAGUUGAGCUUCAGAAGAAAUUCGAGCCAGAGAUCCCUCGGGAAGCUCAGCCUGGGGAAGGCAGACCAGAGUCGAGCAGACACGACGGUCCCAUUGAAAGCGCUGAGGCUGAGAUAGAAGCCAGGGUUUUGGAUACAGCCACAGAUGAGGAACCACAGACGUCCUCCUCAGAAAGUACGAUAGACUCCCCUAAAGAACUCAUCAGAUUUCCAAAGGCUCCUGGGAUCGCCAGAACCAAGUCCUUAAAAGGUCAGAUGUCCUUGACUGAGUUUAAAAAAGAAGCUUCUGAUGGAACGAAAUCUAAAAAAGCCACAGAGGAAGUCAAGCGAGAAGUAGUUGUGCCUGAAACCAGUCCAGGACCUGAGAUCCAAGAGCCAAAAAAACCUGAAAAUAUUGAGACACAACCUUUUUAUCUCACAUGGAGCCCAGAAGAUGUGGCAGAGUGGAUUAGCCAACUGGGGUUUCCUCAAUAUAAGGAAUGUUUUACAACAAAUUUCAUCAGUGGCCGGAAACUCAUCCAUGUUAACUGUUCAAACCUUCCUCAGAUGGGCAUAACAGAUUUUGAGGACAUGAAGGUGAUUUCACGUCACACACGAGAGCUACUUGGAAUUGAAGAACCAUUAUUCAGUCGCAGCAUUUCCCUUCCCUACCGGGACAACAUGGGCUUAUUUUUGGAACGAAAAGCUCAUUCUGGGGUAAAAUCCGAUGUUUUGAUGCUAUCUCAGUUUGUCAAAGAAGCAGGAUUAGAACCAAAAGUCGAGCCCUGCCCCAAAAGAAAGAAAAAAUCCUAUAAACUUAGUUUAAAAGACCAAAUUAAAUUAACUUAGAGGAAGUGGAUUUUUUCCCCCUAGCAAGAACUACUGGUUCUUUUCCUAGCUCUACUACUGAUUCAUUUAGCCUGCUGUAUCACACUUUAUUUCUUCUUUAUAGUGAAGAUAAGAAUACUGAUUUAAUUGCAUUGGGAAUUAUGAUGGCUUUUAAUGUAUUAUUCAAGUAAUGCAGUCUGGUAGUAUGAACAAAAUGGGCUAUAGAAGAAACAAGUGGGUUGAAAUCUGUCGUUUAUUAUAGAUUUGGGCCUUGAGUUUACCUAAUACACUAUACUGUGUAGUUUUGCUCAAGCAUGUCUUAAAUAGCAACUAGGUUAAGGUUCACCCAUCUAUGAUUUCGUCGCAGAAGAAAUUUUAAGUCAACUAUUGCUGCUAAAACUGAAUUAAGACACCAGUGUGGCUUCAUAAACUUAUACUGUUCUUUCUCCAUUUUACUUUUAAAAUCUUAAAACUCUUCUGGGGCUAUACUAAGCCAGAAGGGUCUGUGACAUCUACUCAAAAAUCUUAGCAUUUGGCUGAAUAUUCAAUAUAUUAUUUCCUCCAACUGAGAGAGAAGAAACUGUUUCUCAGAUUGGCAUUCGUGCCAGACAUUACAUUUGGAUGAAAUAGCUAAUUUCCUCCCAUGCUCAGCUAACAAGAUUUAGUCUGAAAGUGCUCUAACAUCACGCCACUGAGCUUGGCUGGCUCACAAUUAUGCAAAAGCCAAAAUGUAAAUGAUUAACCUAAUACCAUGGAAAUUUACAUUUACACUGAAUAAUUUUGUUUCAGAGUCUGAGUUCUCAGACUGUACCAUGUCAUCUUGUCUGCCAACCUUGACACCAUUACUAUUACUACUGUUGUUUUUUAUUUUGUUAUCAUUAUUAUUGGGGGGAAAAGAUUUAUAAAACAUUUAGGAAGUAAAUGUAUUUGCACUUAUUAAAAUAAAUAUAACCUACUUAAAAAGAAUGGUUCAUUGAAACAACUUUU